AUGCUCAAUCAUACGUAUCAUCGCAGUAUCCAAAGAGCUCCAGCUCAAGUGAAUCCCUCGAAUGUGUUAAAAGUCUGGAAAACUUUAUAUGGGGAAGAAUCAUCACCUAAAACCAAGAAACCCCCCAAGUUUAAAACAGGAGAUAAAGUGCGCAUCAGUAAAGCCAAACGCACUUUUGAAAAAGGAUAUUUACCGAACUGGACCACGGAAAUAUUUACCAUUGCCCAACGAGUCCCCGGUCGGUAUCCUUACGUGUAUCGAGUACAAGAUUAUAACCAGGAGGAAUUAGAAGGGACAUUUUACGAGAAAGAAUUACAACAGAUCAUUAAAAAAGACGACGUGUACGAAGUAGAGGAAAUCUUGGGGUAUAAAAAGCGACGAGUCGGGAAAAAAAUCAUUCAAGAAGUCAAAGUCCGGUGGAAAGGAUAUCCCCCUAGUUUCGAUUCAUGGAUUCCCCAAACGGAUCUCAUUCAAUAA